AUGCCAUUCACGGUGGUCUCUGUGCCCCUUACCCUGCUGACCCGCUUCAUGCAAUGGUCAAGCGCUGUCAUUGUGAUGGGACUCACAUCGUACUUUAUGCAUAACUGGCCAAAAGGAGAGCAUACUAUCUAUCAAGAAGUUAUUUCAACGAUGUCGGUUGCCUUUUUCCUGCCCGCCUUCGUGUCUCCCUUCAUGCCGAACCUCUUCAGCAAAUUCGUUACUCCGAUUGAUAUCAUUUUCUCAUACCUGUGGUUGACGGCCUUCAUUUUUGCCGCUCAAGACUAUAUCUGGAAGAAUUGUGCGACCAAAGCUCCGGCUGGAGCCAGCUGCGCUCUCAAAAAGGCUAACGAGUCCUUUAUGUUCCUUGCCUUUUUCUUCACAAGCCUUGCGAUCUUCCUAGAGCUAUUCAAUCUUUGGUCCUAUCGCAAGGAAAAUGACUUUACAGAAGAGAGAAAAAUAACGCUCAUCGUGCACAAGAUGGGCCUAGCGAUACCGCUGCUUAAAGAAGGGCGUCUAUCAAUGAGGCUUACAAUGAGCGGGAGGAUCGGCAACAUGUGUGCCAGAAGGAGGCUGAUGGUUUGUGUUACUGUAUGA